UAGUGGAGACAGGAAAUGUAUCAUUGUGCAGUUAACAGUGCAAAUACUGCCUGUAAGCUAUACAGCAACACACACACUGUAACUCUGCAGUGAGAGGGCUAAGGCAGGAAGGAAAUGAGGAGACAGAGAGUGAGACUGAGUGAGAGAGAGAGAGAGAGAGAGAGAGAGAGAGAGAGAGAGAGAGAGAGAGAGAGGAAAACAGCAGAUUCGGAGCACUGGGGUUUUCCACUGUGUAGGAUUUGAAUGAGAAGUAGGUAAAGCAGCAGGAGAGGAACACAGGCCGCCUCACGACCUUCAGACAGCAGACAGAGAGCGGAGAUCAGAGGAAGAGAUGUACUCUGAGCGGAGGUACAUUUAAAAAAAAAAAAAGCUGUCACUUCAAAGGUUAGGAGCCGUUUCAGAGUCAUUGUCGUCUUAGGUUCAGACACUUGACACACAAGCGGCGGACUGUAAUCGAAUGGGAAACAAAUGGCAAAUAUAAAUUGCACAGAUGGCAAACACCUCGGGAAAAAUGGGAAAUGCUGCGAUCGCUGUCCUGCAGGACAAUACAAGCUCUCUGACUGUGACGGCAAUAAGGAUGACAAUGUGUGCCAAAUGUGGAAGCGGGUCCGACACAGCCACUAGUAACUACCUGUCGAAGUGGCGCCAAUGCAAGAAGGACUGCAGUGAAGUGAACAACCACAUGAGAGUGAAGGAGUGCACCACUAAAGAUGAUGCAGUGUGUGGGUGUGUGAGCGGUUUCUACUGUACAGAGGAGAAGUGUGAACACUGCAGGCCAGCCUCCCCCUGUGCUCUGGGUUCAGGGGUCACCGUUCAAGCUACUCACACAAACGACACAAUCUGUGCUCCGUGUGAAGACGGGACGUACAGCAACACGUCAGAUUUCUCCGCCUGUCUCCCCCACACCAGAUGUGAGAACUUGGGAAGGGAAUAUGAAACCUCAGGAUCCCUAAAAACUGAUGCUACCUGUGGCGACUUCAUAUCUCAUUGUCACUGGAUGUUACCUGCCGGCCUGUGGUCAGGACUCGUGUUGACCGCGCUCAUCCUGUUUGGUCUGGUGUGCUGGAGGGGAAAGCGGAAAUCUUACAAAGCAGAGAAAAAGGAAAAGGCAUUUUUGAAACCACCUUUCAAGACUACAGGAGGUGGCAGUAUAUCCAUUUCUCUGAUGGAGAUGUUUCCAGCAGCACCCUUCACUCAGCUGCAGCCUUUAGCGCAGAAUGGACACUGCCAGGAGACCUCAAAUGUACCACUGUUCAACCCAGACUAUGAGGUCAGCUGCAGCACACAGGACAGUGUGAACAGCUAUCAUCCCAUAACUCCACUGAAGGCCUCUGUGUCUUUUGCUGAAUCCACCCACACCAAUGGAAGUGCCGGAUACUGCACCGGUAUCCUCAGGACCGUCUCUGAGCCACAGGAGGACGAGUGGUGUGGGACAUAAACAAGUAAAUGUUGUUGUUACAGUGAAUGAUGGAGCUCAGAGUCAUUCUCCAGCUUGGAGUUUCUGCAACAAGUUUUCAAACCCCAAAAAACAAUUUGUUCCCCAAAACUUUUUAUCUAUUAUGCAAAAUCCACUUCUUCAUGUCUCUUCUACAUCAACAUGUGUCCCCUCUUCUUCAUGUCUCUUCUACAUCAACAUGUGUCCCCUCUCUUCAUGUCUCUUCUACAUCAACAUGUGUCC